CUGUAUUAGAGCUGCUUCCAAAAGAUGCAGCUGAACCCCAGCUCGUUACAAAAAUAUGAAGGGCCAAUCUAUGGGUUUGAUAAUCAGCCCGUUCCAGUGGAAAGAGUAAUCACACUUCCCAUUUAUGUGGGUUCAGAACCACACUUCAGGAUGGCUUCAGUCAACUUCCUGGUCGUCAAAAUGGAGUCAACCUUCAACGCCAUAUUAGGGAGGGCAACCCUCUGCAAGUUGAAGGCUGUUAUUUCACAGCCCCAUCUCUGCAUGAAAUUCCCAACGUCUCAAGGGGUUGGGGUGCUAAAGGGGAAUCAGAAGAUGGCCAGGGCAUGCUAUCAAGAUACGUUUAAGAAGGUUGAGCUCGCUGUAGCCCCGAGAGGCUCUGAAAGUAGUAGGCCAACUCAGCUCGGCCAGCAGACAAUGAGCAUAUCAGACAUUGAGCAUAGACCUGAGGGUGUCGAGCAGAAAGCAGAGCCGGUAGAGCCAGUAGAAACCGUUCCUUUAAACCCUAAUGUGCCGGAAAGAACAGUCAAGAUCGGCACCAAGCUCACAGAAACAGAGCGAGCAGAGCUUCUGGAGUUUUUGAGGGUCAAUCAAGAUGUGUUUGCGUGGACCACUGAUGAAAUGACUGGCAUCCCAGCGGAGUUGACAGUCUACAAACUCAGCACGGACCCCACCAAAAGGCCGGUGGUGCAGAAACGUCGCCUUUUUGGCCCUGAGAAACAAGCUGCCAUAGACGAAGAGAUCCAAAAGCUGCUACAGGCAGGCUUCAUCAAGAGAGUGGAGUACUCUAAAUGGGUAUCUAACCCUGUGCUCGUCAAAAAGCCGAAUGGCAAGUGGAGGAUGUGUAUCGACUUCACCAACCUCAAUGAAGCAUGUCCAAAAGACCUUCACCCCUUGCCAAAUGUUCAAUUGUUGUUGGACGACCAAGAGAAGUCAGCCUUCUAUGUUAGUGAUGCGAUCUAUUGCUAUGUGAUGCUGCCAUUCGGCAUGAAAAAUGCUGGCGCCACAUAUCAGAAACUGGUACAAAUCAUCUUUAAACUCCAGAUCGGCAGGAACAUAGAAGUUUAUGUGGAUGACAUGAUUGUCACCAGCGUGCGAGCUGAGGAUCAUAUAGGCGACCUGAGUGAGACCUUUAAAAAUUUGCGCCGAGCCCAAAUGAAGCUGAACCCCCUGAAGUGCACAUUCGCUAUAGAAUCAGGGAAAUUCCUAGGGUACGUGGUAUCCAAGGAGGGAAUUGAAGUGAACCCCGAGAAGGCUCUGGCCGUUCAACAGAUGGAGCCUCCCAAGACUGUAAAGGAUGUGCAGCGCCUGACAGGUCGUGUAGCCGCGUUGCACAAAUUCAUAGCCAGGUCGGCGGAAAGGUGCCUACCGUUUUUCAAAGCCUUGCGAGAGCCCAAGCACUUUCAAUGGACCAACGAGUGUCAGCAGGUGUUUGACGAGCUCAAGCAGUAUCUAGCAUCUGCACCCCUGUUGUCUAAGCCUGUGGAAGGGGAGAGUUUACACCUAUACAUGGGGGUUACAAGAGAGGCAGUGAGCUCAGUUUUGCUCAGGGAAGAGAAUAAGAAUCAGAAGCCUAUCUGCUACAUGAGCAAGGUUUUACAAGGUGCAGAGCAGAACUACCCAUUAGCAGAAAAGGCUGCCUUUGCCCUGGUUUACACAACUUGUAAGUUGAGGGCUUACUUCCAAUCACAUAGGAUUGUUGUCUAUACCGACUUGCCAUGGAGAAAAAUACUGCAAAAACCUGAACUCUCUGGUCGGCUUAUCGGAUGGAGCGUCGAGCUGAGUGAAUAUGACCUCAAAUUUAGCCCGCGCACAACCAUAAAAGGCCAGGCCGUUGCAGACUUUUUGGUGGAGUGCAUCUCAGCGACCAAGGAAGAAAAAGCACCCGAACACCCAGUCUGGGUUUUGUAUGUUGAUGGAGCUACUAACAUUGAAGGAUCGGGUGCUGGGGCUGUGUUGUUGGGCCCAGAUGGCUUCAAGUUUGAGCACGCACUGAGGUUUAAGUUUCAGACGACUAACAAUGCUGCAGAAUACGAAGCCCUCAUUUACGGAUUGAAGCUGGCGUCUGAGCUGAAGGUACAAAGCAUUCAGGUUCUUAGCGACUCACAGCUGGUGGUGGGCCAGGAGCUUAACCCUCAGAGGUCAACAAUCGUCGAGGUGCUUGACGCCCCGAGCUACACCGAUCUCACAGCCGAGUGCCAGCUGUUAAGUACAGACCCCUCUACACCAAGCUGGACCACCCCCCUCAUAAAUUAUUUGCAACGUAGUGAGCUACCUGAGGAUCAGUCCGCUGCAAAGUUGGGAGUCGACCUGCUCGACCCUUUUGCGAAAGGCAAAGGAGGUUGCUCUUACCUUGUUGUCGCGGUGGAUUACUUCACCAAAUGGAUAGAAGCUAAACCAUUGUCCAUGACAACAGAAAAGAAAAUAGAAGAAUUCUUGUUCAGCUUAAUAUUGUGCAGGUUCGACAUACCUAGGCGGAUCAUUGCUGACAAUGGCCCACAGUUCCGAGCCACGGCACUGAGGUCGUUCUGCAACGACUAUGGCAUCGAGCUCGCCUUGACGUCUGUGUAUAACCUACAAUCAAACGGGCAAGCUAAGUCCGCUAAUAAAAUUGUUCUGCGAGGUCUCAAGGCGCGUGUUUUAGCCGCGCGUUCUACUUGGGUUGAUGAGCUCAAUAAAGUGCUUUGGUCAUGUCGCACUACACCUAGCUCGGCCACAGGCGAAACCACGUUCAGCCUGGCAUAUAGAGCCGAGGCCGUCAUCCCUGUCGAAGUCGGAUUGCCAUUUGAUAGAUCAGAUCGUCAUGACGAUCAGAAUAAGGGGCAACUCUUAAGAGAGAACCUAGACCUAGUGGAGGAAGUCAGGGAGAUGGCUCGGAUUAGAAACAUGGCGCACCAAAGUCGUGUUGCAAAGUUUUAUAACAAAAGAGUUCGAGCUCGCCAGUUUCAGGUCGGCGAUCUGGUUCUGCCCAAAGCUGGAUUAACUAAUACUUAUUCGCACAUGAGCAAGCUUGCUCCUAAUUGGGAAGGGCCUUAUAUGGUCAUUUCUAUUCAACGACCUGGGUCUUACCAGUUAGCAGAUUUACACGGUUGUCCGUUACCAUUUAUUUGGAACAUACAUAAUCUUAGAAAGUUCUACAGUUAACAUGUAUGUUAUCAAUGUUCAGUUCAUUCCUAAUCAUUUGUAAACGAUGAUUAACAGAAAAUAUACUACAGAAAUUUCC